CUUUAGAGCCAACGAAUAUAUAUAUUUAGAGUCAACGAAUAUUGUAUCAUACAAUGUCAUAGCAUUGCUCAUCAAUGGCUACUCUAAUGCUCCUGCAAAUUGUAUGCACAAUUGUAUCUGCAAUCACUCACCUCAAUUCAGUUUUUGCACAAUCCCAUGCUUACAUUAUCCACAUGGACUCGUCCGCCAUGCCCAAAGCCUUCUCCGGCCACGAAAGGUGGUACUUAGCUACCCUUUUAUCCAUCUCGGACAGUGCUAAAUCCUCUAAUAGUACCACAAAGAUCAUCCAUACUUAUACUAAUUCUAUCCAAGGCUUUAGUGCAGUUCUUACACUUUCAGAACUUGAAGCCCUCAAAAAGUGCCCUGGCUUCGUUUCUUUCGCUCAUGAUGGCCCUCUCAAACUCCAAACUACCCACACUUCUCAGUUCCUUGGUCUAACUUCCUCUUCUGGUGCCUGGCCUGCUUCGAAUUAUGGCGAAGGUGUCAUAAUUGGUUUGCUUGAUACUGGAGUUUGGCCUGAGAGCGAGAGCUUCAAGGAUGAAGGAAUGACUGAAGUCCCUUCUAAAUGGAAAGGCAAAUGUGUGUCUGGCACCCAAUUCAACUCUUCCUUGUGCAACAAAAAACUCAUUGGAGCUAGGUUUUUCAACAAAGGCUACAUUGCCAACAAUCCUGAGGAGACCAUCAUGAUGAACUCACCCCGUGACACAGAUGGACAUGGAACUCACACUGCCUCCACUGCCGCCGGUCAUGAUGUAAAAGGCGCAUCCUAUUUUGGCUAUGCUACUGGCACAGCUAGAGGCGCCGCACCAAGAGCUCGAAUAGCUAUAUACAAAGUGGUUUGGUUUAACAGUGCAUAUAGAUCCGAUAUACUUGCUGCUGUAGACCAAGCAAUAUUAGAUGGGGUGGAUAUAUUGUCAAUCUCCUUAGGUUAUACAUUAGAUGACCAUUUUUUGGAUGAUGACACAAUUGCAAUAGCAACUUUUGCAGCCAUGAACAGGGGAAUUUUUGUUGCAGCUUCAGCAGGAAAUGAUGGCCCUUCGUAUGGGACAUUACUCAAUGGAGCACCGUGGGCAGCGAUAAUAGGCGCAGGCACUAUAGACCGCGAAUUUCAAGGAAUUUUAACGUUGGGAAAUGGUGUUCAAAUCACCUUCACUACAUUGUAUCCAGGCAACUCCUCUGGAAGCAAACUGCCAAUUGUUUUCGCGGACGGAUGUCAAAGCGUAAGGGAACUGAUGAAACUCAAGAACAAGAUUGUUGUGUGUAAAGACAAUUUGAGCAUAAGUGAUCAAGUUGAAAAUGCUAACUCCGCAAAAGUUUCGGGAGCUGUCUUUGUUACGAAUUUUACCCUGUCAGAGUACUACACUCGAAGCUCAUUUCCAGCAGCAUUCAUCGGUCUGAAAGAUGGUGAAAAUGUCAUAAACUAUAUCAAGAAGAGUAAAAAUCCCACAUCAAUUUUGGAAUUCAAACAGACAGUACUCAGCACGAAGCCAGCACCAAAAGUAGACGAUUACAGCUCUAGAGGGCCAUUUCCCAGCUGCCCGAGUGUCUUGAAGCCGGACAUUCUAGCCCCAGGUUCAUUAAUCCUGGCGGCAUGGACCUCAAAUAAUUCAGUGGCACAAGUUCAGUCAGGCUCCUUGUUCAGCAAAUUUAAUGUUGUAUCAGGCACUUCAAUGGCUGCUCCUCAUGUGGCAGGUGUGGCUGCUCUCAUCAAACAAGUACACCCUGAUUGGAGCCCCGCCGCGAUUCGAUCAGCCCUCAUGACCACAGCCAAUCCAUUAGACAAUGAACAAAAUCCCAUCAUAGAUGCUCAUAGUAACCUCCCCGCAAGUCCCCUAGACAUUGGAGCAGGACACAUUAGUCCGAACAAGGCAAUUGACCCAGGACUAAUCUACGAUGCAACGGCACAAGAUUACAUAAACCUUCUCUGUGCAAUGAAUUACACAUCAAAAGGAAUACAAGUGAUCACUGGGUCCAAAAGCAAUUGCAUUGACCGUUCAAUCCAUCUUAAUUACCCUUCUUUCAUUGCUUACUUUAACAGUGAGGGUUCGAAUUCUAGUGCAAAAGUUAUACAAGAAUUUAGGAGGACAGUGACAAAUGUGGGAGGGGAAAAGUCUAGUUAUACUGCAAAAUUGACGACGAUGGCGGGUUUGAAGGUGAAGGUUGAGCCACAGAGAUUGGUGUUCAAGAAAAAGUAUGAAAAGCUAAGUUAUAAGGUCACUUUGGAAGGUUUAAAAUUGUUGAAAGAAGAUGUGGUCCAAGGCUCAUUGAUUUGGAUAGAGGAUGGUGGAAAAUAUGUUGUGAGGAGUCCCAUAGUGGUCACUAACAUUGUGCCAAAUGAUCUAUUGUAAGAUAUUAUUUCAUAUCCUACAUUUUCUCAAAAACUUGCCUGCAAAUUAGAGGCAACUAAAAUUAGUAUGAUCAAAAUAAAAGAAAUGAUGUUCUCGUA